AUGUUGCCAUGUCGAAAACGCCUUUCGAUCUUGGAUACAGCUCAGUGUGGAACUCGAGAUUUAGUAAUCCAAUGCGGACGAGUUGGUCACAAGUUUGGUAAGCCAGUUUGCCUCGAGAUCGUCUGUCGCCUGAAGGAGCUCGAACAGAAACGACCAGUGCAGAUUACCAUAACGGGUUGGCUUUACGCGCCAACCUUCUUCGAGCAUUCAACCUCGGACAUUGAGAUUGUAACUAGCCUAACUGUGGAUCAAGGUUCAGUUCCAAAAGGUAUUCUUCGGUCUCCUGAACCCUGUGGCAGCUUUGAAAUACCACAGAUCUUCUAUUUCCCCCAAGUGAAAACCGAUCUCCUUUACCAAAUCCCCAUCUGGCCGAUUGUCGUGGGUCUAGUGCUUGGCAUCUUGCUGUUGGCCUUCCUCACUAUAAUUCUCUACCGGUUUGGCUUCUUCCGUCGCCGCAAGCACAAACUCGCCGUGUCAGGUCGAAGACGUUGGCGGGAGAACUUCAACGAGAACUCCAAUCAUCGUGGCGUCGACUCGGUGGACAAGGACGGUGAAAUCGGGGCUUUUGGGAGUGUUCGCUCUGCUGAGGAGGCCCGCAAACGUCGCCUGAAGUUACGCAAACACCCUGAAGAGGUUAGCAUCCUGCAUCCCGACGAAAUCCCCAAAGAUAACAACGAAGGUGUCGACAAUCCGACAGCUCUCCUUGAACGCUCGCAAACACCCGCAAUCACUGAAUCUGGCAGCGCCGCAGCCCCCUCCAAAUGA